CAUACUUGUGCCACCGCAGACAGGCAUGCGAUUAUGUACUCGAGAAAUCUAACACCACCUCGACUACCUCUAAUUUCUAAACUUUCGACAACAACGUGAGAUCGUUAUCUCUACUUCAAUCCAAUGUCGCAACCAAAUGCUAACGCGGCUGUUCCUUUCAAGCCAUUCACUAAAGCAGAGCGUAUUCAGCAACUCAACGAUAUAGACAAGGUGGGGUCAAGAAUGACGGCGCCUCUCCCAUGUGCUAAUAAAAGGUUGAUAGAGUAUAACACAACUUCUCCAAUCAGCUGGUCAAGCACUGCAGGUCUUGAGUCAUGCGACGACCGAUCCCGCGCGCGAAGAAUCAUUCAUGAAAGCAUCCAAUGAAUACUUUAAAAAUCUCCAGGAGGUUGACGUCGGACUGAAACGACAAAUCUGGGGUUUGGAAGAGGCCGAAAUCAUACCCGCAGAAAAGGCAAAGGCGAAGCUAAAGGAGGAACAAAUCUUCAAGCAGAUGGGCGGGAAUAAGGCUACACAAUCAGCGGAACCUCCACCGAUUGAAGGAGGAAUGGGCAAGCUAGAUAUUGGCUGGUUGAAUAGUAGGGGUGGGCAAGUGGAGAGAGAUAUGGAGGCAGAGUUGUGGGCAAAGGCGAGGGGGUUCCUCGAAGGCAAUGAGACGAAUGGUUCAGCAAAGGGCAAGGUGGAUGGUGAUGGGGAUCUCGCCAUGGAGAGUUGAGAUUCGAUGUGUCAGAAUUUCCACACCACACGCAGAAGAGAAGAAUUUCUAGGGAGAGGGUCAUACGCAUUUUAUUGCGAGAGUGCUCAGCACGGGAGACCUGAGAUGGCAAUCCAGAUUCCAAGAAAGCCCACCAUGGAAUCCAUUAGAACUGAUCUGGUCAUGAGAAGUCCUCAAAAUACCUAGGUUCUAGCUAUUUCAUAGCCGGGGGCAUAGGGAAAUACCUACAGACUGCACCUGGCACUCGUAAAUGGAAAUAAGUCUGCAGCAAAUAAGUGCCAAUAAACGUGUGUUGGCUCAAAAACCUGUGAACGUGUGGUAAAAUUGAAGCAGAGGGUAUUGUACUUUUAUUUACUUGGCAAAGUUUGUUUGGAGUACUCGAGUAUCUAUAGUAUUGUAACUGAGC